CUUUCCAACGUGAUUACGUCAUGUGUGGCGCAUCGCAGAGCAGUGCAAGAUGAGCAUUUGUGGUUAAAAAGUAUAUAACUGUUUUUGUUUUGUUUUUGUUUUUUUUAAAUGACUGAUCGUUUCACUAGAUAAGACCCUUAUUCCUUGUCUGCGAUCAUGUACAGCCCUUUGAAGCUACACUGAAACUGCAAUUUGGACCUUCAACCCGGUGAAACCCACUGAAGUCCACUAUACGGAGAAGAAUCCUGGAAUGUUUUCCACAAAAACCUUAAUUUCUUUUCGACUGAAGAAAGAAAGACAUAAACAUCUUGGAUGACAUGGGGGUGAGUAAAUUAUCAGGAAAUUUUAAUUCUGAAGUGAACUUAUCCUUUAAUAAAGUAGUCUGCUAAUAGAACGGGAACAGCUAUAACCCAACUCAGAAUCCUUUCUGUUUAGCAACAGAUCUCACUCAGGAGAUAGACCUGCCGAAUCUUAACCCAAGAAUUAAGAUAUGAAGUUUCUGUAAUAAAGCAGAGCCACAAUUCCUGAAAUCCCCAUCCCCAUAUUUUAAGGGUGCUUGUUUGGUUCUUGCGAGAUCUGGCAACCCUGAUGUGAGCGUGUAUGAGUGUGUGUGUGUGUGUGUGUGUGUGUUUGGGCAGGGCUGCAGUGAAGCGCAGCUGAUGUGUGUGGUUCUCUGACAGACGCGCUUGUAUUUUGUAUCUUGUGUUUCAGUGGAAAUCGGUUAGAUAUUUUGAGCUUAUGAUUUCAUCCAUACGUGUUCAUGACGGAACCGCGUUUAUCUUUUAUUCAUUUGUGGAGACCGCAGAGAUUCGCUCCGUGACUGACAUUAUGCGCUCGGUAACCGGGGGAUGCUGAUGCUGACAUUCCCAUCUUCCACCAUCCUUCUGAUUUAACGGGAAUACUGCGCUCAUUUGUUAUCCAUUCAUCUCAUACGGAGUCAAUAUGUCCAUGAAAUCAAAGACCGGCGAGGCGGUGAAGGUGGUGGUUCGGUGUCGCCCGAUCAACCGUAAAGAAGAAUCGACGGGUUAUGAGAAUAUCGUGCAGAUGGAUGUGAAACUGGGCCAGGUGGCUCUGCGGAACCCCAAGGCGGGUCCGGGAGAGCUUCUCAAGACCUUCACGUUCGAUGCGGUUUACGAUGCGUGCUCGAAACAGAGCGACCUGUACGACGAGACGGUCCGGCCGCUCAUCGACUCGGUUCUGCGCGGUUUUAACGGCACCAUCUUCGCGUACGGACAGACGGGAACCGGGAAGACAUACACCAUGCAAGGGCAGUGGCUAGACCCCGAGCGCCGCGGCAUCAUCCCGAAUUCAUUCGAGCACAUAUUCACGCACAUCUCGCGCUCUCAGAACCAGCAGUACCUGGUCCGGGCCUCGUAUUUGGAGAUCUAUCAGGAGGAGAUCCGUGACCUGCUCACCAAAGACCACAGCAAGAAGCUGGAGCUUAAGGAGAGCGCCGACUCAGGGGUCUACAUCAAAGAUCUGUCCUCCUUCGUCACUAAGAACGUGAAGGAGAUCGAGCACGUAAUGAACGUGGGGAACCAGACAAGAUCGGUGGGCUUCACCAACAUGAACGAGCACAGCUCACGGUCGCACGCCAUCUUCAUCAUCACGGUGGAGUGCAGCCAGCUCGGGCCAGAUGGACAGAACCACAUCCGCGUAGGCAAACUCAACCUGGUGGACCUGGCGGGCAGCGAGCGACAGACCAAGACGGGCGUCCAGGGUGAACGUCUGAAGGAGGCCACCAAGAUCAACCUGUCCCUCUCCGCUCUGGGAAACGUAAUCUCUGCACUGGUGGACGGGCGAAGUUCUCACGUGCCCUACCGCGACUCCAAACUCACGCGGUUGCUGCAGGACUCGCUGGGGGGGAACGCAAAGACCAUCAUGGUGGCAACGCUGGGACCGGCCUCCUACAAUUACGAGGAGACCCUGACCACCCUGCGUUACGCCAACCGCGCCAAGAACAUCAAGAACAAACCACGCGUCAACGAAGACCCCAAAGAUGCGCUCCUGAGGGAGUUCCAGGAGGAGAUCGCCCGGCUGAAAGCACAGCUGGAUAAACGCGGUAUGCUCACCAAGAGGAAGAGGAGGAGCAGGAGACUGAAGAAGAUUGGAGAAGGCGGUGAAGAAGAGGUCGAAGAGGACGAUGAUUUUGAAGAUGAUGACGGAGAGGAAAGUGUGGAGAAGGAGGCGCAGGAGUACAUGAAGGAGCAGCAGGAGAAGCUGGAGAGGGAGAAGGAGGCCAUCAGAGACGACCAUUCUUUGGUGGCGGAGGAGAAACAGAGACUCCUGGAGGAGAAAGAGAGGAUGAUGAGACAUCUGAAGAAGGAGCAGGAGGCCACAGAACUCCUCACAGCCAAGUUUAAGGCGAUGGAAAGCAAGCUGCUGGUUGGUGGGAAGAACAUUAUUGAUCACACUAAUGAGCAACAGAAGAUGAUUGAACAGAAAAGACAAGAGAUUGCCGAGCAGACACGCAGAGAGAGAGAAAUACAACAGCAGAUGUUGGAUCAGGACGAGGAAACAUUAGAACUCAGAGAAACAUUCUCCUCACUGCAACAGGAAGUGGAAGCAAAGACCAAGAAACUCAAAAAGCUGUAUGCGAAGCUUCAGUCUCUGAAGGCUGAUAUCCAGGAUGUGAAUGACGAGCAUGUGAGGAGCCGACAGGAGCUGGAACAAACACAGAAUGAACUGACCAGAGAGCUCAAAUUCAAAUAUCUGAUCAUAGAGAACUUUAUACCUCCUGAAGAGAAGAAUAAAAUAAUGAACAGACUUCAGUUCGACACUGAGGAAGACCAGUGGAAGUUUCAGCCUCUCGUCCCGGCAGAGAAUAAAUUCACUCAGAUGAAGAGAAGACCCGUCUCCGCUGUGGGAUACAAGCGACCAAUCAGCCAGUACGCCAGGGUUGCCAUAGCGAUGGGAGCUCAUUCCAGAUACAGGGCGGAGAAUAUAAUGGUUCUGGAACUGGACAUGACUCCUCCCGUCGUGUUUCAACUGGACCUCCCGAGGUCCGGAUCAGAUGUGGAACCAUCUCGAGAUGUUCUGCUGGACAACAGCAGUUACAGAGAGAAAUCAGCAUCUGGACGGGUCAGAAAAUCUCAGUCAUGUAUGAAAGUAGGCAUACUUGGCCGCAGCGAUGGUCAAGAUGAUCUACUGAAGUACAAACUGAGCAUCAGAAUGGGGAAAAAAGGUGCCAGUCUCCGCAAGUCAUUUCCUCCUCAAGCUCCGCCCUCUCUCUGGCAUCCUCAGGGUCCCACAGCUUGCCACACCCACAAAACAUCACCAUGGCAACAGCCCAGGAAUGAGACUUGGAAUUACCAUAUUACCGCCCCCUGAAAGGCAUAAACAAUAGUCAAUCAAUCCAACAUAGGCCGAGGAAGACGGGGUGAGACGAACCGUCCGUCACCAUUAACAAUGACUGGAGCGAUCAAACCUUCAACCAGAUAGAAAUCUGCAGUUUGAUAUAACAAUGAACGUGGGACUAGACCCAUUCCAGCUCAUCAGGACCAAUAAAAUGAUCCGUAUUAGUAAUAUUCGCCCCUUCUUUCUCUCUCUUGCUCUCUGCUCCUCAGGACAGUGAAGACACUUUGAUUACUACCAUCAAUAGCACUGAAUAGCGUUGCCUCACCCAACACCUGAGGCUAGUUAAGCUAGUUAUGUUCAUUCAUUAUGCUGCUUCCAAACCCGUCGGUCAACCUCAGUGUUUACGUACUGACCUGCACGGGUCUGACCCAGGAGUAGAGCCACACACACCUCGAAUGAUGGAAGCUAAAACGGACGAGGCUUUGCGAUCGCUCACCCUGAGCUUUCACUUCCUGCUGUAAUGAAAAGAGCUGAGCAAGAGGAACGUCUCUCUUUCUAUCUGCAUGUCUUACUGUAUGUGUGUGUCUUUGUGAUUCUGAUCAGGGUUCUGGACGGGAGGCGGCUGAUUGGCUGGAGGAAGGAUCUACAGGGUUCCCACGGGCUCAUGGAAAACCUGGAAAUGUCAGGGAAUUCGAUUGGUUUUCCAGGCCUGGAAAAGUCAUGGAAACGAAUAAAAUGUUAAAAGCUAAGGAGAUUUAAUUUAUGCAGUUUUAAAAUAUAAACAUAAUAUUAUAUGAAUAAAUAUAUAUAAAUAUGAAACAGAAUUGUAAAAAAAAAAAAAAAAAGUAUGGUUAAAAAAAAUACUGUUUUCAAACAGGUAUCAAUAUUUAUGAUGUGUGUGUGUGUGUGUGUGUGUGUAUACAAUCAACAGCCACUUUAUUUGGUACACUUUCUAGUACCGGGUUGGACCUCCUUUUGCCUUCAGAACUGCCUUAAUUCUUCGUGGCAUAGAUUCAACAAGGUGCUGGAAACAUUCCUCAGAGAUUUUGGUCCAUAUAGUCAUGACAGCAUCACACAGUUGCUCAAGAUUUGUCGGCUGAACAUCCAUGAUGUGAAUCUCCCAUUCCAGCACAUCCCAAAGCUGCUCUAUUGGAUUGAGAUGUGGUGACUGUGGAGUGACUGUCAUGUUCAAGAAACCAGUUUGAGAUGAUUUGAGCUUUGUGACAUGGUGUGUUAUCCUGCUGGAAGUGGCUAUCAGAAGAUGAGAACACAGUAGUCGUAAAGGGAUGGACAUUGACAGCAAUAAUACUCAGGUAGGCUGUGGCGUUUAAAUGAUGCUCAAUUGGUACUAAGAGGCCCAAAGUGUGCCAAGAAAACAUCCAUUACACCACCAGCAGCCUGAACCGUUGAUACAAGGCAGGAUGGAUCCAUGCUUUCAUGUUGUUUACACCAAAUUCUGACCUGACCGUUUGAAUGUCGCAGCAGAAAUCGAGAUUCAUCAGACCAGGCAACGUUUUUCCAAUCUUCAAUUGUCCAAUUUUGGUGAGAGCGUGUGAAUUGUAGCCUCUGUUUCCAGUUUUUAGCUGACGUUGUGUCUUCUGCUGCUGUAGAUCAUCUGCUUCAAGGUUGGAUGUGUUCAGAGAUGCUCUUCUGCAGCCCUCAGUUGUAACGAUGGUUAUUUGAGUUACUGUUGCCUUUCUAUCGGCUCGAACCAGUCUGACAUCAACAAGGCAUUUUCACCCACAGAACUGCCAUUCACUGGAUAUUUUCUCUUUUUUGAACCAUUCUCUGUAAACCCUAGAGAUGGUUGUGUGUGAAAAUCCCAGUGGAUCAGCAGUUUCUCAAAUUCUCAGACCAGCCCGUCUGGCACCAGCAACUGUGCCACGUUCAAAGUCACUUAAAUCAUCUUUCUUCCCCAUUCUGAUGCUCAGUUUGAACUUCAGCAGAUCAUCUUGAUCAUGUCUACAUGCCUAAAUGCAUUGAGUUGCUGCCAUGAUUAGAUAUUUGCAUUGAUAAUGAGCAGUUGAUGUGUACCUAAUAAAGUGGCUGGUGUGUGUGUGUGUAAAAAUCCAUAUUCCCAUCUUUAUUAUAAUAAAAAUGAUGGAAAUUCAUUGGUUAAAAGUUGUGGGAACCCUGGCUCUUGAACGAGCUCUAGAGAGAGCUGAGCAUGUACUAUAUGAGCUGGCCUUUGCUUAGACCUUUAAACCACUGCACUAACUUAAAGCAAUGAGACGCCAUAGACCUACAAAACAAAAACAUUCAUACACACACAUGCGCGCCUUGCUUACUUGAUUUACUUGACUCAAAGCAGCAGCCAUGUUCUCCAGCCGGAUGCCCCUCUCCUGUAAUUAUGAACAUAUGUGGAGUUUCGUUAUGUACAGGAGAUCUGCGUGUUUAUGUGUGUCGGAGGAUGAUCUGUGUGUUAUCGGCUCAUGGAGCUGCUCUCACUGGAUGGAAUUAAAAAAAAAAAAGUUCUCUGGCAAAAGA